AUGUUUCAGAAAGGCCUGUUCUCUGAAGAAGUGAUACCUGUAUCGGUCAAGCCGCAACGGGGAGCUGCCUUAGUAGUGUCCGAAGACGAGGAAUACAAAAAGCUUGUGGAAUCUAAGGUCCCGAAUCUCAAUCCUGUUUUCGUCAAGGAUGGUUCCGGAACAAUCACUGCGGCUAACGCUUCCUCCCUGAACGAUGGCGCGGUCGCCGCGGUGGUUGUUCGAGGUGAUCAAGUUCCCGAAGGUGUUUCCCCUCUCGCGGAAGUGCUUUCUUUCGCAGAAGCUGGAGUAGAGCCUGUCGAUUUCACCAUCGCUCCUGUGUGGGCUGUACGAAAGCUUUUGGAACAAACGAACCUUUCUACCACCGACAUCGCAUUGUGGGAGGUCAACGAGGCCUUCUCAGCAACGGUCCUGGCGUUCAUGCACGAGCUCAAAUUGGAUCCGGCUAUAGUCAACGUGAAAGGCGGUGCUGUUGCUUUGGGACAUCCACUAGGAAUGUCUGGUCUACGAAUCGUACUAUCGCUAGCAUACUCGCUGUCACCUGGAGAACUGGGAAUUGCUGCCAUCUGUAACGGAGGAGGCGAGGCUAUGGCAAUGUUGAUCCGGAAGCCGCAAUAG